CGCGCUCGAGCAGCAGAGAUAUAGAUGGGAGGGUCAGGCCACUGCCGCUCUCACUUUCAAACACACACUCAGUCACUGUAUUUCAAACCUGUGCAUGGAUAUAAAGUGAAGGCUGAGAUUAGGAGUUGCGUUCAUCCCGUGUUAGACGGGUCAUGCUGUCUUCGUAAAGGUAAUGAGCCGCAAAGCCCUCGGGUCUCGGCUGAGCAGCGCCCACAAACUGCAGCGAAACUGGAAUGACUGGCAGCCCAGAGGCGAGAGUGUGUCAGCCAGCCAGGACGGUGUGAAGUGCAGUUUCUCUAGAGACCACGGUUCAGAAGUUCAUUUCGAAACUCUGCCCUCUGACCGGCCUGGCACCCCACCACUGCACAAUGAUGCCUUCACUGCCUCAGACAUACUCGAAGAAGGAGGUGGAUAUGAUGCUGAUGGAGGCCUCUCUGAAAAUACUUAUGGUUGGAAGUCGCUGGGGCAAGAGUUGAGAAUCAAUGAUGUGACUACUGAUAUAACUACUUUUCAGCAUGGAAACCGUGCUUUAGCUACUAAGGACAUGAGGAAAUCACAGGACCGACCGUUGGCUCACUCUGAGGAGUCUCGUCUGGCUAAUCUUCUGCGGCGAGCAUCACGAGAAGAUGACCGGGAACGUAGACUGGCCACCAUGAAACAAUUGAGGGAGUUCAUUGUGCACUCUGAAAAUAAAGUGGUCCUCGUGAAGCAGUUGGAUACUAUUUUGAGCACCCUGAAUGAUAUAUUGAAUGAGAGUAGUAAGCUCCUGCAGGAGCUCAGACAAGAGGCUGCAUGCUGCCUGGGAUUACUGUGUGCCGCUCUCAGUUAUGAAGCCGAGAGGAUCUUCAAGUGGAUGUUCCUCAAGUUCAGUGUGUCCACAAAGGAUGAGGUGAAGCUUCUUUACCUGGUGGCAGUGCACAAGGCACUUGAAACUGCAGGGGAGAAGAAGGCUUUUUCAACCGUAAUGCAGUUGGUGAUGAGCAGCCUUCAGUCUAUCUUGGAGAACUUGGACACGCCAGAACUGUUGUGCCAAAGUGUGAAGUGUAUUUUGUUGGUGGCCCGCUGUUAUCCACACAUAUUCAGUACCAAUUUCAGAGAUACAGUGGAUAUCUUGGUGGGUUGGCAUAUAGAUCACACUCAAAGACAGUCUCUUACUCAACAGGUGUCGGGCUGGCUACAAAGUCUGGAGCAAUUUUGGGUGGCAGAUUUGGCCUUUUCAACCACGCUGUUGGGUCAGUUUUUGGAAGAUAUGGAGGCUUAUGCAGAGGAUUUGAGUCACGUUGGAUCUGGAGAAUCAGGGGAUGAGGACAUUCCCCCACCCACAGUAUCCCUGCCAAAGCUGGCAGCCCUUUUAAGAGUCUUUAGCACUGUUGUGCACAGCAUCGGAGAGCGAUUCAACCCUAUCCGAGGACCCCCAAUCACAGAGGCAUAUGUCACUGAUGUUUUGAAUCGCGUUUUGGCUUGCGUCACCACAGCCAAGCAGGUGUUGUUCUCAGAGGUGAUGCUGACUGCAGGAAACGAAUGCGUAUGUGUUCUGAUGGUGAGCAUGGACCUGGGCAGUCAGCUGAUUGAUGCUGUUAUCUCUUAUGGACUGGACCAGCUGGACAGCUGCCAGUGCUGCGGAUCAGAAUACAGCAUGUCCGUCCUCACUCUUCUAACUCUGGUUGUCGACCACAUAAACACUAAACUCCCAGCCACAUUUGUGGAAAAGUUGUUGGCCCCAAAUUCUCAACUAUUGGAGCUGCGUUUCCACCGAGAACGAGAAGUGAUGGCUGCAGCACAUGGCGUAUAUCAUGCUGUGCUGAGCUUGAAAAACAUCCCCAUCCUGGAGGCAGCCUAUAAACUAGUUUUGGGUGAGAUGGGUUGUGCAUUGAACAGUUUGCUGACUCCUCUGGGUCUGCCUGCUACCUGCCCCCAUAUACAACAUACUGCCUUCAGCCAACUACAGUUCAGCCCAGAGAGAGCAGAGUUCAUCCUAAUCUUCAACCUCAGUGCUCUCACAACCAUCGGCAACACCAAAAACUCACUCAUCGGGAUGUGGGCUUUGUCACCUACUGUGUUUGCCCUGCUCAGUCAGAAUCUGGUUGUGGUUCACUCUGAUUUGGCCGUCCAUCACCCUGCGGUCCAAUAUGCAGUUCUCUACACCCUCUACUCCCACUGCACCAGGCAUGAUCAUUUUAUUUCAAGCAGCCUGAGCUCCUCAUCCCCAUCCCUUUUCGACGGUGCUGUCAUCAGCACAGUUACCACGGCAACCAAAAGACAUUUCAGCACGCUCCUUAAUUUGCUGGGUAUGCUGCUCGGCAAGGAUCACGUCAACCCUGAGGCGAGGAGGCUGUUACUGGCCUGGUCAUUAGAGGUGUCUAUGAUGAUGAAGAAAUCGGAAACAUACUCCCCACUGUUCUCACUCCCAUCAUUUCAUAAAUUCUGCAAAGGGUUGCUGGCAAAUACCUUGAAUGAAGACCCCACAAUAUGUCUGCAAGCGUGUAACAGCCUACAGGUUCUGUCAACCUCCUUGUCCACAGAGCUUCUCCAGAGGUGUGUGGACGUGUGCCGAGUUCAGUUAGUCCACUCAGCAGCGCGAGUCCGGCAGGCCUUCGGAAAAUUGCUGCGAUCCAUUCCCAUGCACGUUGCGUUAAGCAGCGCUCGUAGUCAUUCUGAGAUAAAUGAGAUCUCACUGGCCAUCCGCCGACACAUGAGCAAAGUGCCUAGCAACACCUUCCACCCACAGGACUUCUCGGACCUCAUUGGGUUUAUACUGUACGGAACGGUCCACCGCGGCGGUAAGGAGCCAUGGUUGGAGCGGCUCUACCACAGCUGUCAGCGGCUGGAGAAGAAGGACUCGACCAUGGUUCCUCGUGCCCUGCUGAAGAUAGAGGCUGUGCUGUGGCAGUGGGCUGUGUGGGAGGCUGCACAGUUCACUGUACUGUCCAAACUCCGCACCCCUCUGGGAAGAGCCCAGGACACAUUCCAGACCAUAGAAGGAAUGAUUCGCAGUCUGGCGGCUCACAGUCUGAACCAAGAACAGGAGUUGAGUCAGUGGAGCGGAGGAGAAAGUGAUGAGGGUCACCACACCAAUCAGCUCCGUCUGGCUCUGCUGCUGCAGUUCCUGGAGAACCUGGAGAAACUUAUGUAUAAUGCUUAUGAAGGCUGUGCCAGCGCUCUCACAGCACCACCUAAGGGCAUUAGGACCUUUUUCUACACAAACCGACAGACGUGCCAGGAUUGGCUGACUAGAAUUCGUUUGGCACUAAUGAGGGUAGGCCUUCUUUCUGGUCAGCCAGCUGUCACUGUUCGUCACGGCUUUGACCUGCUUACUGAGAUUAAGAACAGCAGUACACAGGGUCCAGAGAUGGAGGUGCCAGUCACCAUGCUUGUGGAGGCGUUGUGUGAGCUGCGAUGCCCAGAGGCCAUACAAGGUCUGGCAGCCUGGAGUCUCGCCAACAAUGGCAAGAGCCUGGGCUGGCUGAGCUCAGUGGCUCUCCAAGCGGAGGGAAAGUUUGAAAAGGCAACUUUGGAAUACCAGGAGCAGCUGUGUGCCGUCACAGGGAUGGACUGCUCCAUUAAAGGCUUUGAUCGAUCUCUUCUGAAGCUUACCGGCACCAACUCCACCAGCCCAAAGCACACCAGUAGCGCAGAAGGGAGAAAGACUGUUCUGCUGAAGUCUAGUGAGUGUUCUCCAGAGGUGCUGAACUUCCUGGCUAAUAAAGCGUGCGAGUGUUACGUGGCCCUGAGCGACUGGGAGUCUGUACAGGAGUGGCAGGCCACCAUGAUGAACCUCAAGAAGAACAGCAGCAGUUUCAGCGUCAACCUCAAGACGGAUUUUAACUACAUCAGAGCUCUGAGCAGAUUUGAAGACGGAGAUUUUGCCGAGUGUCGUGCCCAGCUGGAGUUGUUGCCUGGGGAGGAUUACGGCCUUAACUGCACAACAAAAGAUAAGAUUGACCUGAAGAGGCUUUUGCCUGCUGUGUUGAGUCCAGACCCCUCGGAGCUCCAAAAGGCCAUUGAGGUACAGUUGCUCAGAAGCGCUGUGGGGACCAUCAUCUCAACCAAUCAUGAACAGGACCAGAAGGGUCUCGCCUCAUCCGACAAUCUGGUGAAGUAUUUGAAGCAGACUGGUCGCAUCUCUUUGGGUCCUCUGCGUCUCUCAACGCUCACUUUAUCUGACAACCUGCCCACCCUCAGCACCCUGCAACUACACUGUGCCAACUCUCUAGAGAACUCCCUUUGUAACCAGCACCCCGAGGAUUGUCUCAUUCCACUCUUCAGUGAAGCCUUGACCACUUGCAAGCAACAGGAUGUUCAGCCAUGGCUGCAUGCUCUCCGUUACACCACUUUUCAGCGUCAGCUUUUCCAAAAACUAAAAGGUUCCUCUGCCCCAGUUGACUCUCAUCUAAUGGAGCUUUGUCUGACUGCAGUGAAGUUUGCCCGUAAGCAGGGUAACAUUGCCCUUGCCACACGCCUGCUGAGUCAAUGCAGCAGUCCUUCGGUGAACUCAGAAGGUCAAGACCUGGUUCAAAGCUUCAAGCAGCUGUCACUAGAGGGCACUGUGGGGGAGAAGUGGGGACCAGAGCUGGAAAUUGAGAAGGCUAAAGUUUUGUUUGCUGCUGGUCAGUCAGUAUCUGCUAUGGAAAUGCUGAGUUCCUGCGCGCUGUCGUACUGUCAUUCUGGGAAGAGCGAGCGUGCUGUCUGUCGCUCAGUGCUCACUUUGUGCAAGUGGCUAUUGGCAGACUGGAAGGAUCUGACACCACAACUCAAAAUGGUGGUGAAGAGAAACUCUGGGUCUACCAGCCUCACAACUCUCUCCAAAAACAUCUCCGGUCUGUUGGAGCUGCCGCUGGAGGAUCAGGGGAUGCCAAACAUUACUACAGAGACUACAGUGAGUGUUGGUGUUGGAGAACCAGACUUUGUCCUGGGGCAGCUAUACCAGCUCUCAACUACUCAGGCUCCUGAGGUGGCAAAGUCAUGGGCUGCUUUGGCCAGCUGGGCGUACAGAUGGGGCAGGAAGGUUGUGGACAAUGCCAGUCAAGGAGAGGGGGUUCCUCUACUGCAAGGAGAGAAGAAAGAAAUCGAGGACUUGCUCCCAGCAGGCACGAAUGAUGAGGACAAGGAAACCAUUUUCAGCAUUUUGGGUCAAGCCAUGUGCCGCCCUGCAGGAAUUCAGGAUGAGGACAUGGCGCUACAGAAUGAAGAGGAUGAAGAAGAUGACAUGGUGGAUGUGAUUGGUAGACAGCUGCUAAGUGCCUGUCCAUGGCUUUCUGAGGUGGAGGACAGUGUGAUGGACGGGCUGAUUGAGGUGUGGAGGCGAGUGGUUGAUCGAAUCUUUAGCCUUUAUCGGGUCUCCUGCAGGGCGUACUUCACCUUCCUCAAACUCAAUGCUGGACAGGUGCCCAUAGACGAAGAUGAUCCCAAGUUGCUGCUGAACAACCAGAGCAGCAAACAGAGCAGUGAUGAUGUCAUUGUCAUGGCUACCCUCCGUCUGCUACGCUUGCUGGUGAAGCAUGCUGGGGAGCUAAGAGAGGGUCUGGAGCACGGCCUGGCCUCCACCCCCACUGCGCCAUGGAGAGGUAUCAUCCCUCAGUUAUUCUCCAGACUGAAUCACCCGGAGGCCUACAUCCGUCAGAGCAUUUGCAGCCUGCUGUGCAGAGUGGCCCAGGACUCACCGCACCUCAUCCUCUACCCUGCCAUCGUGGGUUCCAUCUCUCUUGGAGGAGAGGCCCAGGCUGCAGGUAAUAAGUUGCCGUCUUCCUUGCCUACGCUGCUUGGAAACAUGCAGGGAGAGGCUCUGGAGAGCGAGAUGGGCAGCGGUCCGACCUCUCAGGAGAGCAGCCGUGGUGAAGAGAUGGUGAUGUAUUCCAGCGAAGACCAAGCCAUGAUGCAGGACUGCUACGGCAAGAUUGUAGACAAGCUCUCCUCUGCCAACCCCACAAUGGUCCUUCAGGUGCAGAUGUUAGUGGGUGAGCUGAGGAGGGUCACUCUGCUCUGGGAUGAACUCUGGUUAGGGGUCCUGCAGCAGCAACACAUGCAUGUCCUGCGCAGGAUUCAGCAAUUGGAGGAUGAAGUGAAGAGGGUCCAGAACAACAACACGCUACGCAAGGAUGAAAAGUUGGCUAUUAUGAGAGAGAAGCACUCUGCUCUGAUGAAGCCGGUGGUUUUUGCGCUGGAUCACGUUCGUAGCAUCACAGCCACUCCGGCAGAGACUCCUCAUGAAGCCUGGUUUCAGGAGACGUACGGUGAUGCCAUCCGCAACGCUCUUGAGAGACUGAGGAACCCUCUCAAUCCGGCUAAUCCUGCCAGCAGCUGGGUGCCCUUUAAACAGAUCAUGCUGAGCUUGCAGCAGCGGGCACAAAAACGUGCCAGUUACCUUCUGCGACUGGAUGAAAUCAGUCCGCGUCUGACCGCCAUGACUAACACUGAGAUGGCCUUGCCAGGGGAGGUGUCUGCCACAGAUGCAGUUACCAUCCAAAGUGUUGGCAACACCAUCACCAUCCUCCCUACUAAAACCAAACCCAAAAAGCUCUACUUCCUCGGCUCAGAUGGCAGAAACUAUCCCUACCUCUUUAAAGGACUAGAGGACUUGCAUUUGGACGAGCGGAUCAUGCAAUUCUUGUCCAUUGUCAACACCAUGUUCACUAAAGUAAAUCAGCAGGAAAGUCCAAGGUUUCAUGCUCGUCAUUACUCUGUUACACCGCUGGGCACAAGAUCAGGACUCAUCCAGUGGGUGGAUGGUGCCACUCCUCUGUUUGGGCUGUAUAAACGAUGGCAGCAGCGUGAGGCUGUGGUACAAGCUCAGAAGGCACAGGACUCCUUCCAGCAGCCUCAGAACCUUCCCAUGGUCCCUCGGCCCAGUGAGCUCUACUACAGUAAGAUAGGUCCUGCCCUAAAGGCUGUUGGGCUCAGUUUGGAUGUCUCACGUCGUGAUUGGCCACUCAGUGUCAUGAGAGAUGUUCUAAGGGAGCUGAUGGAGGCCACGCCCCCUAACCUGUUGGCAAAGGAGCUUUGGUGCUCCUGUACCACCCCCAAUGAGUGGUGGAGUGUAACUCAGUCUUAUGCAAGAUCUACCGCUGUGAUGUCAAUGGUGGGAUACAUCAUUGGUUUGGGGGAUCGUCAUCUUGACAACGUGCUGAUUGAUAUGACAACAGGCGAGGUGGUGCACAUUGACUACAAUGUCUGUUUUGAGAAAGGAAAAAGCUUGAGAGUACCCGAGAAGGUUCCUUUCCGUAUGACGCACAACAUCGAGACCGCUUUGGGGGUCACUGGAGUGGAGGGCAUUUUUAGACUCUCCUGUGAACAGGUGGUUCAGAUAAUGCGCAAGGGAAGAGAGACGCUCUUGACCCUGUUGGAGGCAUUUGUGUACGAUCCCCUGGUGGACUGGACAGCUGGCGGGGAGGUGGGGUUUGCAGGUGCCGUGUAUGGCGGAGGAGGACAGCAGGCAGAAAACAAGCAGAGCAAGAGAGAGAUGGAGAGAGACAUCACCCGUAGCCUCUUUUCCUCCCGUGUGGCUGAGAUUAAGGUGAACUGGUUUAAGAACCGUGAUGAGAUGAUAGGUGUGCUGCCACAGGUGGAGGAGGCGGUGGACGAGUACCUGAGCCUGCAGGAGCAGCUCACACAGGUGGAGAAAGUACAAGGCAAGCUGCUGGAGGAGAUGGAGUUCCUAGAGGGUGCUGACACCAGAGCAGAUCAUCCUAUUCACACCCUGGAGCACAGAUACUCUGAGCACACUCAGUUACAGUCCAGGCAGAGAACAGUGCAAGAUGCCAUCCAGGGCAAGUUGUCUGAUUUAGAUCAGUGGAUCUCUCAAUAUCAGGCUGCUUUCGCCAGUUUGGAGGCCACCCAGCUCGCCAGCCUCCUACAGGAGAUCAGUAGCCCUAUUGAUUUAGGCCCUCCCAGUUAUGUGCCAGCCACCACCUUCUUGCAGAACGCAGGUCAGGCUCACCUCAUCAGCCAGUGCGAGUCUCUGGAGGCGGAGGUCAGUGCUCUGUUACAGCAGAGACGCUCUCAGCUGCGUGGCUGUCUCGAGCACCUGCACAGCUACGCCACUGUGGCCUUGCUUUACCCCCGUGCUGUGCUGCAUAGACACAGGGUCCACGCAUGGAAACAGUGGAUGGAGGAGCUGGUGUGUGACAUGACAGUGGAGCACUGUCAGACCAUCUAUCACCAGUAUGAAAUGCAGUUUGCACCUCAGCCGCCUCCUGCCACGUGUCAGUUCCUGUCUAGCAUUGAGAUGGCACUUCAACACCAUGCUGCUGACACCAACACUCGGCUGCUGCGGCAAGUGGAGCGUCUGAAGACGGAGGGUGCCAGUGUGCCCGUGUGUGAGGAGCAGCUGCAGGAGAUUGAAAGAUGCAUUAAAGUCUUUCUGCAUGAAGAUGCUGACCUGAGCUCCUUUAGUCUGGCUGGGAUCAUCACUUCCGCGCUCUGUGCCCUCACCAGGCGUAAUUUGGUCAUGGAGGGAGCUGCAGCAAGUGCAGGAGAGCAGCUUGUAGAGUUGACAUCUCGUGAUGGCGCCUGGUUCCUCGAGGAGCUCUGCAGCAUGAGCGGGAACAUCACGUGUCUCGUGCAGCUUCUGCAGCAAUGCCAACUCCUGUCACAUGACCUGGACAUCCUCAGUCCUGCAGAGACCUUACAAGCUGUCUACCUAUCCAACGGCGUCUAUACCUGCCUUCAGGAGCUCAACACAAACUUCCGUCAGAUCAUCUUCCCGGAGGCUCUGCGUUGCAUGCUGAAGGGCGAGAGCACGCUAGAGACUAUGCUUGCAGAUUUGGAUGCACUUAUUGAUCAGUGUGCAGAUGGGGUUUCGCUGCAGGGGCUGGGGGAAAUUCUGCAGGCUCACCUACGCAACAGCGCAAUGGGUCUAGAAGAAGACGCGGAUGACCACUAUCUGGAUGUCACCAGGGUUUUACGGGCCCAGUAUUCGGAGCUGAUUCAGCCACGCAGCAUGGAGAGCUCCGUUCAGGAAACACCCAAGAUGAGUGCUGGGCAGAUGUUGUUGGUGGCUUUUGAUGGCAUGUUUGCCCAAUUGGAGACUGCUUUUGGACUUCUGAUAGACAAGCUGAACUCUAUGGACGUACCUGCUGCCUGGAGAAAGGUGGAUGUGAUCCGGGAGGCCAGAGCUACACAAGUCCAUUUCUUUGAUAAUGUGCAGACCAGGCAGGUCUUGGAGGAAAUUUUCUUUCUGAAGAGACUCCAGACGAUUAGAGACUUCUUCCGUCUUUGCGGCUCAUUUGCACAGACGCUUUCUGGAACCUGCCCUACACCCACUGAUGAGCCUCCACCGUCUAAUGGCCCAGUGUCCAUAGUGAAACCUUUGUACCGUGGUUCUACUGUGGUCAGUGAGGACCAGAUGACAAGGCCCAUUAAAGCCUUUACCGCAGACUUUGUGAGGCAGAUGCUGAUGGGGCUUCCCACUCAGGCUCUGGGCCUGGCCAUCUGCAGUGCACUCAGUGCUCUUGGCAUGGAUCUUAUUGCCCAAGUAGAGGCCAAGGACUUUGGCGCCGAGGGAAAAGUCUCUCUGGAUGACCUUUGCAAGAAAGCUGUAGAACAGGGUGUGCAGGCUGGGCGGCUAUCUCAGCUUCUUCUCAACAGAGCUACGGUACUGGCCAGCUCCUAUGACACGGCUUGGAAAAAACUGGACUUGGUACGGCGUCUUGAGGUCAGCAUUGAAGCCUGUAAGGUCAGCCUGCAGAGAACCCAACUGCACAUUGCUAUGUUUCAGUGGCAGCAUGAAGACAUUCUUGGUGCUAGAACUCAGCCUAUGACAGUCAGCCCUCCGCCUCGCUCCAUCAUCCUCAGUAACAUGAAGAAAAAGCUUUACAAACUCAGUCAAGAUGAUGCUUCCAUUGCCAGUGUCCAGGACAAGUUGGCAUCUCUAGAGGGCAGCAUAGAGCAGAGGCUGAAAUGGGCUGGUGGCGCAAACCCGGCACUUGCCCCAGUGCUGCAGGACUUCGAGGCCACCAUAGCAGAGCGCCGCGCCCUGGUGAUGAAGGAAAGUCAGCGCGCCAACCAGGUCACGUUUCUCUGCAGCACUAUUCUCAACUUUGAAGGUCUGCGUACACGUACCUCAGAUGCUUUGAACAUGGAUGGUGCGCUUUUUGAACUCGUGAAGCGAUGCCAGGCCACGUGUUCUUACGCGGCCCAAUUCAGCACUUCCGUUUCCUCUCUGGAGCUUCAGCUGCUGCAUAGACUGAGUCCUGCGAUGGAUCUGUCUAUUGGUGGGCCUGAAUGGCUGGUGUAUGCACAGAGUCACCUCACCCAGGAGAUGUCCAGUCAGAGAGCAAUGCUGGAGGAAAGAGAGCAACAGCUGGAGAAUGUGACCGAGACCUUACAGCUGCUGGUGGACUCCAUUAAAGGCAUCCUGUCCAGUCAUAACCGCCAGCUUGCUGAUGUUAAGCACCUGCUGCGUGCAAUGGCAAAGGAUGAGGAAAACGCCCUUGCCGAGGGAGAGGAAGUGACUUAUGAGGGCAGUGUGCGUCAGUUCCUGUCCGAAUACAAGGCUUGGCAGGAUAACGUGCAGAUUGUGUUGUUCACGGUGGUGCAAGCCACAGGUCAACCACGCAGCCAAGAACAGGUUGAGCUGCCGCAGGAGAUCCCUGCUACUCUGAAGGAGCUCAAAGUUCAGAGCCAGAACAUCUACAAUGGCUUGGUGAGCUUCGCCUCUCCCCUGGUCACUGAGAGAGGAAGCGACUGUGCAAGUCCCACUUCCACAGUCCAAACCAGCUUUGCUGCUGCAGUGCGCUGCAGCGGAGUAAAGACCCAGCCUGAUAGCAUGUCUCAGAAUGCACGUAAAGCUCUUCCUCGAAACUUUGGGACCCCAGUGGACACUCCCCCCAGCACGCUGAUGAUCAACAGUAAAGGACUGAACCCGAGCCCCAAGAGAGCCGUGCGCGAUCCUAAAACUGGUAGAGCUGUGCAAGAGAGGAACUCUUACGCGGUCAGUGUGUGGAAGAGGGUCAAAGCCAAACUGGAAGGGAGAGAUGUGGACCCUAACAGGAGAAUGAGCGUCACCGAGCAGGUGGAUUAUGUCAUCAAGGAGGCUACAAACGUGGACAACCUGGCACAGUUGUAUGAGGGAUGGACGGCAUGGGUGUGAACGGGAUCCUUGUAGAUCACUUUGGUCCAGCGAGGGUAGAAAUCACCAAAAUCCAUUGGGUCUGGGGCAAUGGAGCCACAGAGCACCAUGCGGGAAAGGGGGGGUCGUAGAGACCCUCCCUCAGGCCCACAUCGGAUCCCCGUAGCACAGCUGCAUUCGGCGAUCCAGCUAACACAAAGAAUGGGUCUGCUUCUGUCUUCCCGAGAUGUGUGGGGAGCUCACCAAGAUGGGGAGGCGGGGUGGGGGGGUGAGGCACACAGCUUGAACUACCCCCCAACCAACCCCUGUAUCAACAACAACAACAAUAAAUGUUUGUCAACUAUCAAAAUAAAUAAAUGAUUGAUUUGCAGGGGACAGUUUAUCCACUCUUAGAGCAGAGGUCUACAUUACUUAGGAAGUUUCUUAACUAUAUUUGUGAGCAACUGGAAAGAAGGGUGAGCCAGUCAUCGAGGGAUCCUCCGGCCUCUGUUUUUGGAUGCCUCCGAGUUGGGCACAAGUUGCGGUUGUGCCGUCUUCUGCUGGAGGGCUGUGUAACCAGAAGACUCAAGGGACUCCAUUCAAAGUCAGAAGGCCUUUGGCAGACCUUUGAGUUCUUGAUCACAAAAAGACCUUCUCCCCUCAAGUAUAUAUUAUAGGACUACAGUGAAAACUUAUUUUACACCUUCACUAACGUACUGCACAGAUUUAACAAUUGGAUGGCUAAACGCUAAAAGUGGCUUUGGGAACAUUCACCAUUGUGUGUUUUUGAAUGUUUGGCACACAUAAGGUGCUUCAAGUUGGUAAAUUCUCAGUUUGAUUUGAUCCUUGAUUGAGAAUUGAGACCCGGGCUCAAUACAGCAAGAUGUGCAAAUCAGUUUCUAAAUGCUUUUUUUCUUAGUAUGCAUCUCUAAUCUUUUUUGUGUAUUGUGGAUUCUUUCUCCCUUUCCUUCUUUACUAUGGAUUUAGUCUAGAUUGCUUCUUUUUUUGACUUGCCUGUGGAAGUGUAUCAUUUGAUACAUGUCACCAUUAAAGCUUGCGUUUUACUGAUCUUGACUUAGUUUUAUAUUUUUAGUGGGAGAAAUAAGUAAUGGAUUGUGUUGUGGUGAUGGUUAAAAUUGUUGUCUCUUAAUGGUUUUACUCCACUUGGUUGAUCAAAUAAAACUAUAAUUAAAAACCCUUA